CUUAGGAAGAUAUCCUCAAUUUGAGCAUUGAAGAAGUUUAGUGCAAAGAUGAAACUAGUGGUUCUAUUGCUUUUCGUGGCCCUUUGCGGCUUCGCUUACGCUCGUCCCGACGAUAAAUAUACCACCAAAUACGACAAUAUCGAUUUGGACGAGAUUUUGAAAAACGACAGGCUCCUAAGGGCCUACGUGGACUGCCUUUUGGGUACCAAGAAAUGCACCAACGACGGCGAAGAACUGAAAAAGGUGUUGCCUGACGCCAUCGAAAAUGAAUGUGCCAAAUGCAGCGAAAAGCAAAAAGAUGGUGCCAGAAAAGUUAUCCACUAUCUCAUCAAAAAUAAACGCGACUGGUGGACAGAAUUGGAAGCCAUUUACGACCCAGAAGGCAAAUACAGGAAGAAAUAUGAGGAACAGGCUAAAAAGGAGGGGAUCGACUUGUAAAGAAUUAUUAAUUUGAUGUGAUAUGCGAUCAAAGAUUUGUAAUUAUUAAUGUUAUAUAGUAAAUGUCUUGUUGAA